AUGGGGCCUACCCUAGCGGUUCCCACCCCAUAUGGCUGUAUUGGCUGUAAGCUACCCCAGCCAGACUACCCACCGGCUCUAAUCAUCUUUAUGUUCUGCGCGAUGGUUAUCACCAUUGUUGUAGACCUAAUCGGAAACUCCAUGGUCAUUUUGGCUGUGACGAAGAACAAGAAGCUCCGGAAUUCUGGCAACAUGUUCGUGGUCAGUCUCUCUGUGGCUGAUAUGCUGGUGGCCAUCUACCCCUACCCUUUGAUGCUGCAUGCCAUGUCCAUUGGGGGCUGGGAUCUGAGCCAGUUACAGUGCCAGAUGGUCGGAUUCAUCACAGGGUUGAGUGUGGUUGGCUCCAUCUUCAACAUCAUGGCAAUUGCCAUCAACCGUUACUGCUACAUCUGCCACAGCCUCCAGUAUGAGCAGAUCUUCAGUGUGCGCAAUACCUGCAUCUACCUGGUUGUCACCUGGAUCAUGACUAUCCUGGCUGUCCUGCCCAACAUGUACAUUGGCACCAUCGAGUACGAUCCUCGCACCUACACCUGCAUCUUCAACUAUCUGAACAACCCUGUCUUUGCCGUUACCAUCGUCUGCAUCCACUUUGUCCUCCCUCUCCUCAUCGUGGGUUUCUGCUACGUGAGGAUCUGGACCAAAGUCCUGGCGGCCCGUGACCCUGCUGGGCAGAAUCCUGACAACCAACUUGCUGAGGUUCGCAAUUUUCUAACCAUGUUUGUGAUCUUCCUCCUCUUUGCAGUGUGCUGGUGCCCUAUCAAUGUGCUCACUGUCUUGGUGGCUGUCAGCCCCAAGGAGAUGGCAGGCAAGAUCCCGAACUGGCUUUAUCUUGCAGCCUACUUCAUAGCCUACUUCAACAGCUGCCUCAACGCUGUGAUCUAUGGGCUCCUCAAUGAAAAUUUCCGAAGAGAAUACUGGACCAUCUUUCAUGCUAUGCGGCACCCUAUCCUAUUCUUCUCUGGCCUCAUCACUGAUAUUCGUGAGAUGCAGGAGGCCUGUGCCCUGGCCCACGCCCGUGCCCGUGCCCGUGCCCGUGCUCGUGACCAAGCCCAAGAACAAGCCCUUGAACAAGACAGUCCCCAUGGCUUUCCUGCUGUGGAGGAAACUCCAAUGAAUGUCCGGAAUGUUCCACUACCUGGUGAUGCUGCAGCUGGCCACCCUGACCGUGUCUCUGGCCACCCUAAGCCCCAUUCCAGAUCCUCCACUGCCUAUCGCAAAUCUGCCUCUACCCACCACAAAACUGUCUUUAGCUACUCCAAGGCUGCCUCUGGCCAACUCAAGCCUGUCUCUGGCCUCUCCAAGCCUGCCUCUGGUUACCCCAAGUCUGCCACUGUCUACCCUAAGCCUGCCUCUGUCCAUUUCAAGCCUGCCUGUGUCCAUUUCAAGGGUGACUCUGUCCAUUUCAAGGCUGACUCUGUUCAUUUCAAGCCUGCUUCCACCCACCCUAAGCCCAUCACUGGUCAUUGUGUCGCUGCUGGCAGCCACUCCAAGUCUGCCUUCAGUGCUGCCACCAGCCAUCCUAAACCUACCACUGGCCACAUCAAGCCUGCUUCCAGCCAUGCUCAGCCCACUGCUGCUGACUAUUCCGAGCCUGCCACCACCAGCUACCCUGAGCCCACUGCUGGUGACCACCCUGAGCUCUCUGCCUCCCACUGUUCUGAGAUCCCUGCCAUUGCCCACCCUGAGUCUGAUGACAGUGACAUCCCUAAGUCAGCCUUUAGCCCUGCCACUGGGCCCACCAAGCCUGCUGUCAGCCAGCUGGAGCCUGACACCAUCGCUGACAUUCCUGAUACUACUGUAGUCACCACCGCUGCUAAUGAUGACCAUGAUGUUGUGGUUAUUGACGUUGAAGAUUAUUCAGAUGAAAUGGCUGUGUGAAAAAUGCUCUCGUGGGUGGCCAAGCAGU